CUUCAAAACUCCAAUCUCACGGCGGCGGGUGCAGAUUGCUUGAGUCAUCUGAGGGGUCAUAACUUUACCAAAGCUUUCAUAGCUGAUCUGCAAAUGAGCUUGAUGCCUGCACUUGGAACUGUGAAUCUCGUGUACAGCCUCUUUAUAUGUGCGCACCGCUGGUGCCAGACGCGCGUUUCCAGCCAGCGCUGGUGAUGCGAUGCCCCGCAACCACAGCGGGGAUGAGGGCGGUGCUGGUCUCUGGAUGAAGACCUCGCAGCACUAUGGCAUGAAAGAUGUUGAAGCCGGUCGUGGGACGAUGAACAACGCGACCAGGAAUGCCGACAGUCUGCUGUCGGCGCCGGGUACAACAGGUGCAGGAGGCUCGGAGAACCAGAGGAGAAAUCAGGGCGCCCGGCUCAGCCUGCUGGGGAAGCCGCUUGCAUACAGCGCGCAGAGCGGCCGGAGAAACGCGCGCUACAGGAAGCUCCAGAACUACCUCUACAAUGUCCUGGAGCGACCGCGAGCCUGGGCAUUCGUUUACCAUGCCUUUGUUGGUAGUUUGUACUGUAGGACUCAGGUUGGCACGUGUUGGUCUCCAGCAGCUGUGGUAGAGAAGCUUCCCCACGUCUGGAUCCUGUUAGUCCAGGAUUUGUGCUCAUCACAUGGAAAAGAGCUUGUGCCGAUUCCUCCCACUCCUGCUAAUGGUACCCAAAAGGGAAAGGAAAGGAAAGGAAAAGAUGGAGGGAGGGAGAGAAAGAGGGUGAGCGAAACGUCUCCUGACCCACACCUUCAAAAGCCAAGCUAUGCUGCAUCAUGGAAAUUUGGCUGUGUUCCUCAGCUGCAGUGGAAACAGCAGCCAGUGUCCAGACCUUCCUGCUCAGACAGAGCAGAACCAUUAGAGGCUCAAGCCAAAUCAGAGCCAGAUGUCCACAGGCUAUUUGAGUUUGUGAUGAUUGUUGUAUUCGGUCUGGAGUACAUCAUCCGCAUCUGGUCAGCUGGAUGCUGCUGCCGGUACAGGGGAUGGCAAGGACGACUGCGCUUCGCUAGAAAACCAUUCUGUGUCAUUGACAUAAUUGUGCUCAUAGCAUCCAUCGCGGUGGUUUCAGCUGGUAGCCAGGGCAAUAUUUUUGCCACGUCUGCACUUCGCAGUCUGCGUUUUUUGCAGAUCCUUCGCAUGGUGCGUAUGGAUCGGCGAGGCGGUACCUGGAAACUGCUUGGAUCUGUAGUCUACGCUCACAGCAAGGAGCUUGUGACUGCCUGGUACAUUGGCUUCUUGGUGCUGAUCUUUUCUUCAUUCUUGGUCUACUUGGUGGAGAAAGAAUUUAACAAACAGUUUGCCACCUACGCUGAUGCCCUCUGGUGGGGUACGAUUACUCUCACAACAAUUGGAUACGGGGAUAAGACUCCACAGACCUGGACCGGACGGCUUCUUUCCGCAGGGUUUGCUUUGUUGGGCAUCUCGUUUUUUGCUUUGCCUGCUGGUAUUCUCGGCUCUGGCUUCGCUCUGAAGGUCCAAGAGCAGCACAGACAGAAGCACUUUGAAAAGAGGAGAAACCCAGCCGCCAGUCUCAUACAGGCUGCGUGGCGUCUCUACUCCACAGACCUGUCCAGAUCAUACCUGAGUGCCACAUGGCUGUUCUAUAAAAGUGUUCUCCCUCCUCAAAGGAAAGACCAGGGGGAAUCCAUCAGCAGUAAGGGUCAUAGUAAUAGACAGAGGCUCUUCAGGAGGUAUACCACACGGAAAUAUAGUCAAAAGUUAAGUUUCCGUGAGCGAGUGCGCAUGGCCAGCCCUCGUGGUCAGAGUGUAAAAAGCAGACAGAUGUCGGUGAAUGACCGGCGCUCUCCUGGCACAGAGGUGGCAGUGGAGGGCAGCAGUCCAGCCAAGGUCCAGAAGAGCUGGAGCUUCAAUGACCGAACACGCUUCCGACCAUCGCUCAGGCUCAAGAGCCAGUCACGCACAACGGCUGAAGCUGACACCAGUCUUGGACCGGAUGAUGCUUUCGAUGAUAAGGCUUGCCACUGUGAUGUGACAGUAGAAGAUCUGUCAGCCCCGCUAAAGGCAGUGAUCCGGGCCAUCAGGAUAAUGAAGUUCCAUGUGGCCAAAAAGAAGUUUAAGGAGACACUGCGGCCGUAUGAUGUGAAAGAUGUGAUCGAACAAUACUCCGCUGGACACCUAGAUAUGUUAUGUCGUAUCAAGAGUUUGCAGACUAGGUUGGACACCAUUGUGGGUCCACAGACCCUGAGCAGCAAAGCCAAGACAUUUUCCUCUCCUUCCCUGCACUUGUAUUACAGCCAGGCCAAGAGGAAACACUCUGCCCCAGGACUGAACUCAGCCAUGGGUCCACAUCAGACACUCAGCACCAAAGCCAGGAACCUUUCCUCUCCUUCUCUACACUUGUAUUACAGCCAGAGCAAGAAGAAGCACGCUGGGGUGGAUCAGAUACUGGGCAAAGGCCAGAUUUCGGUGGACAGAAAAGGCAGAGAGAAAAUCCUCCCAGAAGGAGAGUCUCUGGAGCAUGACAUGAGCAUGCUUGGCCGCGUCUGUAAAGUAGAGAGACAAGUCCAGUCCAUAGAGUCAAAGCUGGACUCAUUGCUGGAUAUAUACCGGCAGGUGUUGCAGAAAGGCUCCUCUUCGAUGCUUGGUUUAUCUGCUUUACCACUAUUUGAGCUGGAUCAGACCUCCGACUACCAAAGCUCCCUCCAUAGUAAGGAUUUAUCAUCUUCCUCCCAGCUUACCGGUAGUGGCGUGUCUCGUUCCUGCAGCAGUAACCUGCACCGUGGUCUUCAUCUUGCUUUGGCCCCUAGUGAACUCAACUUGGGUACCGGUUACCCACAUUCAGCCUCCUCCUUCUCGCCAUCCCCUCUCCUCAACAACCAACCCUCCAGUCCAGACAGUUUCUACCCAUCAUCCCCUCCUCCAAUUCUCACCCCCAACAACCUUUCCAGAAGCCACCAGCGGUUUAGUGAGCUAACCAGGCCUGUCCCAACAGUUCAUUCAACCUCAACAACCCUUCAGCUUCCGCCAAUGGUACCAGCGCCUCCAGGUCGGCCUACCAGCCUCAUCCCAGAGACUCUACAGGAGAGCCGGGCUGAGUGUCCGAGCAAUUGCCUGCUGGGAACCCAAAAUGAGGUUGAGUCGGACAAGGAGGCUGAGAGUAUUCCAAGCACGGUACAGCUUCGGGACAAGCCCGAGCGCAACUCUAAGGAAGAUGGGUCCUGGAGAAGACACUUGAGCCUUGACAUUGAUCCACUGAUGCUCAUGUCUUCCACAGCAGCUGCUUCGCUACAGGUCGAGCGUGGACUCGGUAAGUCUCUUUCGGCUCAGAACCUCAUGCUACCAACCGCUGCUGACUGCCACCCUGCAUUGUCCACUCGGAGCAGCGGCAGCAGCAACAAUGAGUCCAGCGAUCGCGAACCGCUGACCGACUGGGGAGAAACGGAACUCUUUAUCAAUGACAAAGAGAUGGAGUUCCUCCACCAACAGAGCAACGACACCACCUUCUCUUCUGAGCUGCUACGGACAGGAGCCAGCGGGACGUCUCCCAGUCAGGCUGGACCAAGAGAUGUUCUCGAGUCCCAUAACUUGCCUCACGUAUGCCUCGAAUAACCCCACCGGAGCACAGGAACCUCACUGUGGAGACUGGACACAACCUCAUGUCCCUCAUGUGCUUCUUUUCCAAAGGAGUUGGAGCGUCCCGGACGUUCUGUAUGUUUUCUAAUUUUUACGCGAGAAAGACAUGCUGUUCAUACGGUUUUGUUCAUACGUACAUAUCAAUGCAUGGACAAUUGAUCAUAUAAGAGAAUUUCUAUUAUUGGAAAGCUGUUGGGCAAAAAACAUACUCCGGGUUUAAUAGAUACGUUAAGCUCAGUCGACAACAUGCGUACUGUAAUCUUUGAUUUAUAGUAUAGUGUAUUAAUUAUUAUUGGGAUAUUUGUGAUGUUUUGUAUGUCUAUGUGUGUGUGCGUGCGUGCGUGCGUGUGUGUGUGUUUUAUUGUCAAUAAUUUUUUGGUAAAUUAGUUUGAAUGAACUUCAACUUGCCCUCUUUAUGUUACAGUGAAGCAUAAAUUAAAGUGAACAGCAGAUUGGUAAACAUUAAUAUGCUCAUUGUUUAUAACCAACAGUAACAAUAGUUUCAGUGAUAACGUUUACAUGGACAUUAGUAAUCGAAUUAUUUGCCUAAUCUGAAUAAGACCAUAAUAUGAUUAAGGUGUUUACUUGAGUUGCUUGAGUUGAUCUCGUUUUACAUGUUAUAGCACAUAAUUCGAUUAACGUCAUUGCAUCACCACGCUAUCCACAUUUCCUCUGGAGUUUCAUGUAAUUUUGGGUGUUUCGUUUAUAAUUUUUCGGCUUUACUUGCAGUUUGGCGCUAACACUUUAAUUUAGGAACAUUUCAUUUAUGCCCCCAUAACAAGUUGAGGUAUUGGAGUAUGAAGAAGAGUACGAAGAACCAAGAGUGUUGUUUUAAUGGAAUUUGAUACUGCACGCCAAAUUGGAGAGAAAAAAACUCUGCAUUUUGCGGUGUGUGUGUCUGUGGUCCUUUACUGACUCGCUAGGUGCAGAGAAUAGUGUCAAACAGCCGUGUGUGUUUGAAAUAUCCUGUCGUAAUACAUAGCGAAAAGUCUUACAUGACGGUAGUUUGUGUGUACUGCACUUCAAUAAUGCGACUAAAAUCGGCAUAUUCCACAUGUCCACUUAGCCACAGCCAUAUCACCCUGCAGCCCAAGACCGGUUACUCACUGAAGCUAAGCAGGGCUAAGCCUGGUCAGUACCUAAAUGGGAGACCACAUGGGAAAACUAGGUAGCGGUUGGAAGUGGUGUUAGUGAGGCUAGCAGGGGGCACUCAACCUGUGGUCUGUGUGAAUCCUAAUGCCCUAGUAAAGUGAAGGGGACACUAUACUGUCAGUGAGCGCUGUCUUUCGGAUGGGACGUUAAACUGAGAUCCUGACUCUCUGUGGUCAUUAAACUCCCAUGGCACUUCUCAUCAAGAGUAGGGGUGUAAUCCAGCUGUACUGGCCAAAUACCCUCCAUCUGCCCUCACCCAUCAUGGCCUCCCAAUCUUCCCUAUCCACUGAAUUGGCUCUAUUACUGUCUCUUUACUCCACUAAUAGCUGGUGUGUGGUGCGCGCAAUAGUGCCGUUGUCCUGUGGCUGCCGUUGCAUUAUUCAAGUGGAUGCUGCACACUGGUAUUGGUGUGUAGAGAGACCCCCCUCAUGAUUGUGAAGUGCUUUGGGUAUAUGGCCAUACACAAUGAAUGCGCUAUAUAAAUACACAUUACAUUACAUUUCUGUUUAGUUCGAUUAUGACCUUAAUGGUAUUAAAUAAAGUCACUGUUUACAAGGUAGACUCUUAAUCAGAGUAUUGUCUUAUUAUUUGUGUCCAUGUAAACAUACUAAGUGUGAAUUUAGUGGGUUUUUAUUUUACUAAACUUCCCUUUGUUCAAUUUUUUUACAUAAAAUCCUAGAAUGACAGAAAAAAAUGACUAAAUUUACAGCCCGACAGUAGUAAGUUUGGUUAGAACAAUUCAAGCUUUUGAUUGUGUACACUUACAUUCAUGCCUUUUUUAAAAUCUUACAUAUUAAAACCAAGUCAAUUAAAUUUAAGAGAUCAUUUAAAGGGAAUUUAAGUGGAUUAAUCCGUUUGUUAGGUGUGACGUCGUGCAAAGUGGCUUCCGGGUCCAAGCCUAUAUACAACUGUAUGGGGAGGCUCAACAAAUGGUAAUAAUAAAUGUUUAAAAAAACGAUGUAAUACUUUAGAAAAUCACGAUUGCAAUAUUUCUAACCAUGCCUAAUAUUUAAUAUCUAGUCCAGAGACUACAGUAUACACCAUAAUUUUACAUAUAAAAUUCACUUUAUUGUGUGAUAUGACUAAAAAGUGAUCAUAAACGAAUAUUUUCUCAAUUCAAAUGAGUACCCGGAAACAGUAUUUCAUACGUGAUGACUUAACAAGCGAAAACUCACAAUACUUUUAGCUAGAUAUUAAAUUGUGAAUUUCCAUUUCAUAUCCGCUUUAAGAAAAUGAGGGGAGAGUUACUUUACAGAUAAUCAACAUUAUAAUGUAGCGCAAGUGUUGUCGGUUGAGCUUAACUUGCACAGAACCAAGAAUAUUUCUUUAAAAUAAUAAAGGGUUAUGGUACUGAAUGAGCACCUCUUUCAGUCUUGCAUGGAUCGGCAUGUUUAAAAUGCAACUGCAAAUAGGAUUGGAAGCGUGUUAGCACCUGUAGUAACAAAAUCCACGCUCAGCGUUAGGAUUCAUUUCUCAAUUUCUUUUUUCUGAAUGUCUGGUGGUCCACUCAUUUGCAUGUCUUAGGAAUUAUGGGUUGGAACAGCAGAAAACCAGAUAGUCUUGGUCCACACUGCAAAUAAUGCUUUUCUUACCCAGAGGUUUUGUCUUGUUUCUAGUCCAAAUAUCUACACAUUCUUAAAUCAAAAGCAUUUUCUAGACGAGGAUUAAAUAUUGUCUUGUUUUGUGAAAAAAUGUGUCCAAAUUGAGUGAGUUUUUCCUUUAAAACAUGCAAACUAAUCUGCCAGUGGUGUAAGAAAAAUAAUCUUGUUUUCGAUUUAAAACAAGGUUAUUUUUCUUACCUCAUUGGCAGAUUAUUUUGCUUGUUUUAACAAAAAAAUCACUUAAUUUUGCCUUAUUAUUUCUUAAAUAAAGACAAUUAGUUUUGCUUGUCUAGAAAAUGCUUCUUGAUUUACAAAUAUUUAGAUAUUCAGACUAGAAACAAGACAAAAAAUCGAAGUAAGAAAAACAUUUUUUUGCAGUCGUUAACCCACAAUACUAUGCAAACCUCAGCCAAAAAAGCAGGGUUUGCUAGCAGCUCCAGAAGAAACCCAGAAUCAAAUGCAUCUUCACACUGUAGCCUAAACAGAUAUGCUUUCUAAAUUUGUCUUUUAAAAGUCUUAGCAUCUGAAGAAAUCUGAAUGUUGUAAGUAAAAAACAACGUCCUGUGAAGAGGUUUUUUGUGACAAUCGGGCUUUUUAAAGAAGACUGAUUAUAGGAUUUGCUAAUUCUUUAGUCUUUGUUGAUAAAUGGCUGCUAAAAUGUAAAAAGUAAAUCAAUGAGAAACAAAAAGUUGAAAAUAACGCAUCAUCGUCAUCAUCAUGACAACAAAUCACAAUUGCAGUAUCAUUACUAAUGAUUGUAAUUAAAUGUACAUUUUGAUUCAUUUGUAACCUCGCAUAAUCAGAAACGAUUUGGACUGUCGAGUAGAAAGUCUCACAAAUGUGUUUUAAAUUGAAUUGCAAUAUUGCAUUUCAUUUGUGUAUUUUUUUCAGAUUUGUUUGUGUUUUUAUCUGUAGCAAGUGAGCGUCUUACCUAAACCUCAGCUUCAAACAUUUUUAUUCCAUGCUUCUGAAUGAUACAAUAAGUGCUUUAGCUAAAAUGCUUGUCUGUAUAACUUAGAAUGUAACGUGAACCAUUAUUUGUACGUAGAAUAACCAAGAUUAGCUGGGUUUACUUGUUUUGUUAUGUUUAAUUUCGUUCUUUUGGUUAAAAGCAUCUGAGGUGUACUUUGAGGAUGUUUUUGGCACUGUACUAUUGGAAGCACAACUGCUUAGAUGUGUAUAGAGGAAACCUGCAAAUGUGAUGAUGAACUGUUUUAACAUGAAUAUAUAAAUUUAAAUAAGAUUUAUAAUCCAGAGGUAAUCGAGAUGCUUAUUUUGCUUUAGACUUGAGGUUAAUAAUAUACACACCAGAGAAAUGAACUGCUCUGUCAACAGCUGUGGAACUAACUGAUGCUUGAAAUGCUGAUAAAGGUACAGAAAUAUUAGUCUUAUUAACACUUUAUGAUUAAUAUUCUUUCAUUAUUGCUUUUCUGAGAGUUUUUUAUUAUUAUUAUUUGUAGUUCAAUGUUUUACGGUGCCUUUUUUGCAUUUUAUUAAACAUUGACAAAACUUCUGUAUUCAUAACAGCACUCUUACCUUGAACUCUUAAUGAAACUAUGUUUGUAUUUCGAUAAUUGCACAUUCUCUGUUUGGCUGUGAACUUAAAAAGCGUCUGUCAGUUAAAGCAGCAUUUCUUUGUUUUACCACUAGAUCAAAUAAUUUAUUACACAAAAACUGGCCUUAAUAUACAUGCUUGAUAAUGUUAGCAUUCGCUGUCAUUCAGAAUAAUUUAUUUCAUCGUUGUGCACAUAACAGAGUUGAUGCUCUGGGAUUGAAAAAUGCAAAAUGAAAAUUUAUUAUCAUCAUAAUACUUAAAUAAACAAAUGACUUGAAA